GGCUUCUUCAAGGACAAUUCAAAUGCCCCGAGUCCAUCCGGCUUCUGUCAAAAGCUAGAAACGUAUCUGCGCGCGACAUCGUUCACGUCCUACACCCUUGUCACAACGUCCACCUCAGCAGCGCCAAAGGGAAAGCUGCCAUACAUCGUCCUCACGCGACCCGACGGCUCAGAUACCGAGACGAUUGCGGACUCACAUUUCAUCAUUCGUCGACUCAUCGCCCUGGGCAUCACACCCGACCUCGAUGCGACACUGACGCCCGUGCAGCGCGCUGAGUCCCGUGCAUGGCAGGCGUGGACGGAGGAGCUGAUGUACACUGCUGUCGUGCAGACGCGAUGGUCGCGCGAGCACAACUAUGCUGCGACAGAGGCGGCGAUCCCUAUUCCUGGCCUGAUCAAGCCGAUCAUAAUGUGGCUUUUGCGGCGGAAGAUUCUAGGUGUGAUGAGAGCAAUGGGCAUGGGGAAGCACAGCGAGAAGGAGGUCGAUCAACUGAUGAGAGAGUGGGUAGAGGGUUUGAACGAUCGCUUGGAAGGGAGGACGUACUUCCAUGCGGGUGUCCAGCCGUCGUGCAUCGACGUCAUUAUUGGAGCGUUUUUGGCGCAAAUCAUUGCCCAGCCAGGGAAUUUGGAGGCCAAGGCGAUGAUCCUGGAGAAGAAGGCUUUGAAAGCGUACACGGCUACACUGACGAAGAUGUGGUUUCCGGAAUACGAAGAA